AUGAAUGGAGAUAUGGAGCUCUUGGAGAUGGCGCUAUACCCUCCCUCUCGCGCCGAUCCCAAUAGUACCGCCUACUUUGAUUAUAUCCCUACGGAGCCCAUCGCCUCUCGGCAGCAACUGAAAACACAGCAACUACUUGAGAAAGCACAAUUCUUCGCAAAAAACUGGGAGGUUUACUCUAGACUGGCCUCUCUUCUCCCUGAGCCACGUGCCACCCUUCGAGGGGCACUUAUAAGACGCUUUGCAGAGUAUGGAAACUUGAAUAUCGUCAAGAACCUACUUGAUAAUGGAUAUCAUGUUGAUGGCGAAGCUGAGGUAAAAAGGACGUGCUCCAGAGGAACCCCUCUCUAUUUAGCUUCUCGUUAUGGGAACGCUAAUGUAGUCAACCUCCUCUUGAAACGCGGUGCUGAUGUUGAGAAAGCUGGUCUAAACGAUUUCCGCCCCUUGCUUGGCGCAAUCAAGUCAGGGAAUAUCUCUAUCGUCCAGAAACUCCUCGAAUAUGGAGCUAAGUGCUACUCCAACGAUAUAGAGCAAGCACUCCUUAGUGAGCAUGAAAAAAUGAUCGACUUACUCUUCGGUCAAUACACGGAGGAAUGCUUUUAUGCAGGCUUGGGGAGUGAGCUCGCACAAGAGAUGCCGCGCUACGGAUUGACCUCAAUGUCGAAGCUUUUGCAUGACCGGGGGUAUUUUCGAUACGUUGAUGGGAAAAUUGUGGCUAGUACUGACCCAGAAGAAGGAAGGGGGCUUUGCGAACUAUGUGGGUAUUUGCACAAGGAAAGCAAUGUUUAA